AUGACAGAAUCUCAACCUUCUUUUCGACAACUUUCAGACUACAUUGCGAACGACCAGGAAUCAAAUGUUUUUCCGGUUUAUAAGUUUUUGAGUGCUCAUUAUUUGACUCCACAUACAGCUUAUUUGAAGUUAGUGGGCGCACAGUCAACGCCAGCUGCAUCAUUUCUUUUUGAAAGUGCAACUGACGGCGAGCAAGUUUCAAGAUACUCAUUCAUCGGGGCAUCACCUCGUAGUAUAAUUAAAACCGGUCCUACCGAGAGCAACGAAAUAGAUCCGCUCAUUUUAUUGGAAGAAAAACUAGCCGGAAUCAGACAAGCACAGCUACCUGGUGUGCCAAAGCUAAGUGGUGGUGCCAUUGGUUAUGUUUCAUAUGAUUGUAUCAAAUAUUUCGAACCUACCACUAAAAAUGAUAAUUUAAAAGAUACACUAAAAUUACCUGAAUCAUUUCUAAUGCUCUUUGAUCUGAUUGUUGCAUAUGACAGUGUUUUCCAGAGAUUUCAAAUCAUUAACAAUAUUCAUGUGGAUAGAAAGGUUGAUGACGAAAAGUCAUUGCAAGAAAAAUAUGAUCAAGCAUUGAAGGAAAUCGAGGAUGUUGCAAAGAUUUUGGAAUCACCUGAAGUCAAAUAUCCCGUACAACCUAAGAUCAAAGAUCCUGAGACUUUUACCUCAAAUAUCGGUCAGGAAGGAUACGAGAAUUUUGUUCACGAACUCAAAGAACAUAUCCAAAAAGGUGACAUUAUUCAAGCUGUGCCAUCACAACGUAUAAGUCGUCCUACUAAGCUUCACCCAUUCAACAUAUACAAUCAUCUCAGAACGGUUAACCCAUCUCCUUAUAUGUUUUACAUCGAUUACUUAGACUUUCAAAUUGUCGGUGCUUCCCCGGAAUUGUUGGUCAAAUCCGAUUCUAAUGACAAAGUUAUCACACACCCUAUUGCAGGUACCAUUCGCAGGGGUAAGACAAUUGAAGAAGAUAACAAGCUGGCCAAUGAGCUAAAGUCAUCGCUCAAAGAUCGCGCUGAACACGUUAUGCUCGUCGACUUAGCACGUAACGAUAUCAACCGUGUUUGUGAUCCGAAAUCUACUAAUGUUGACAGCUUAUUGCAAGUUCAAAGAUUUUCACAUGUUAUGCACCUAGUUUCCCAAGUGAGUGGUACACUACGUCCGGAAAAAUCUAGAUUUGAUGCAUUCAGAUCUAUUUUCCCUGCCGGUACUGUUUCGGGUGCCCCUAAAGUCCGGGCUAUGCAGCUAAUAGGUGAGCUGGAGAAGGAGAAAAGAGGUGUUUAUGCUGGAGCAGUGGGCCACUGGAGUUACGAUGGUAAGACCAUGGACACAUGUAUUGCUUUACGUACAAUGGUUGUUAAGGAUGGAGUAGCCUAUUUGCAAGCUGGUGGUGGUAUUGUUUUUGAUAGUGAUCCAUAUGAUGAAUAUAUUGAGACGAUGAAUAAGAUGAAGGCAAAUAAUAACACUAUCGUUGAAGCAGAGAAGAUGUACAUGUAA